AUGCCUUUGAGAGCUAAGAUCCUAGAUCCUCGGGUUGCAUCACGGGCACAGAUGUCUACGAGUCCGAUCAACGAGACCAUAAAGGAGCUCCCCGGCGACGAGCCCGAAGAUGUCCUUUGCAACAACCUCUAUGGUCUGCGGACCAUUGAGCUCAACCGACCGGGAAAGCUCAACGCCCUCAACGCUUCCAUGAUCCGAAAGAUCGUCCCGCGCCUGGUCGAGUGGGAGAAGUCGGACAUGGCAAAUGUGGUAGUCAUGAAGGGUGCGGGCGACAAGGCUUUCUGCGCUGGUGGAGACGUCCAAGCCCUUGCGAAGAAGAAUAUGGAAGGCCCAGAAGGCCAGAAGGCGUCUUCCGACUACUUCGCCCUGGAAUACAAGCUGGACCACUACAUUGCGACAUAUCAGAAGCCAUACAUCGCGUUUAUGGAUGGCAUCACAAUGGGCGGGGGUGUAGGGCUCAGCAUUCAUGCUCCAUUCCGGAUCGCCACGGAGCGGACCGUCUUCGCUAUGCCCGAGACCACCAUUGGGUUCUUCCCUGAUGUCGGAGCCUCUUUCUUUCUGCCCAGGAUGGCGGGCUCAAUCGGGACAUACCUGGCCCUGACGAGCGACCGGUUAACAGGGGCAAACGUCUUCUACUCUGGCGUCGCUACCCACUACCUGCAUUCGACGAGCUUACCGAGUCUCGAAUCUCGUUUGGCCGAGCUGCGGUUCAGAGACUACGACGAUAUCCACAAGCGGUUAGCCAUCAUCGAGAUGACCAUUGAGGAGUUUGCAACGGGCUUACCACACACAGAGCCACUGCUGCUGGGUGGUGAACUGCGGCAGGCCAUCGACCGUUGCUUCAGCAAGGGCACCGUAGCCGAAGUGAUGGAGGCCCUGAAGCAGGAGCAAGGCCCCACCCAAGCCUGGGCGGAGAAGACAUUGGAUACCUUGCACCAACGGUCGCCCACCAGUGUACACGUGGCCCAUACGCAGAUGCAAGUAGCGCGGGACUGGUCCAUCUCAGACACCUUCCAAAGAGAACAUCAGAUCGCCUCCAAUUUCAUGAAACACCCUGACUUCACAGAAGGCGUCACAGCCCGCCUGAUCUCGAAGGAGAAACCGAAACCGACACCGAAGUGGCAGCCUGCCAGCCUGGAGGAGGUGCAGCCUGGUGACGACAUCGCCGCGCCGUUCUUCAAGGUGUCGAACGACGUACCAACACUCAAGCUCCUGACGGACCGGGAUUAUGCGGACUAUCCCUACAAGUCGUUCGGCGUACCUACAGAGGAUGACAUCCAAGCCGUUGUCAGCGAGGGCAGGCGAACUCCCCGUGAGGUUGUCGAGCACUUUAUCAGGAGAAAGAACGGCAGACAGGGCAUCAGCACCAUCGUGGAAGAGUUUCUCGCCAGAAAAACCAUCGUCAAUGAGGCCGGCAAGGCUGAGUGGGAGAACGACUUUAACCGCAUGUCGGAGCAGUAG